AUGGGCGAAAUAGAGAGCAGCCUGCGAGCACUCAGCAUUUGCGAUGACGAAGAGCUGGUGGACAUCACGGAGCACGUGCGGCAGCUGGCGUCGCAGCUGCGGGCGGAGACGAUUGUGAGGCUAGCGGAUUUCGACCUGUUCGAGGGGACGCACGCGCUGGAGAUCAACAACGGCAAGCUGGACUCGGUGCUGCUGGAGUUGACAGCGGCGGAGGAGGAUUUCGACUGCGCACAGGCGUACGGGGCGGGGGCGGCGGAGCAGCUGGGGUACGUGACGGGGACGGUGGAGCGGCUGAGUCAGUCAUUGAUGGACUGGUUGCACGACUACCAGAGCUUGCCGACGACGGUGCUGAGCUGCCGGUACGUGGAGCACCUGAGCCAGCGGCAGGGGGCGGAGGCUGGACUGGCGGCGGCACGGCUGGCGACGGGUAGCGAGCUGUACGACCGCGUGCUGAGCAGCUGUGUGUUUGCGACGCUUGCGUGGGUGAACUUUGUGGGGAACCUGCUGCGGGCGGGGGUCGUGUACGAGGAGGAGGAUCUGAACUGCAACACGAUGGGGCUGGACGUGCUCGCGGACGUGGCGGUGGCGGACGUGCUGGCAGAGCUGGCGGCGGCGCGCGCGCUGCUCGAGCAGAAGUACGCAGGGGCGGCGCGGCUACUGCUGCUGGUGCGGCUUUUCGAGUGCCUGCUGCACAUUCCCAACUACCGGCCCUCGGCGGAGCAUGAGCCCUCCGACGACGUGGGGCCCAUGCACGAGCUGAUCCGGAUCGCGGCGGAGCUGGCGCGGAGCCCAUGCGCGGCGGAAGCGCCGCCGGGGACGUUUUCGCAGGGCAUCCAGAAACGGCUGUCGAACCAGUUCCCGCCGAAACAGCUGUACGAGCCCGUGGGCCACGAGUUCGCGGCGUAUCAGACCAUGGCCGAGGACAUUCUCAAGGUCCUGGACGUGCGCCACGCCACGUCGGUGAUCGAGGUUCGGCAGUUUGCAUGGUUCUUCAACCGCUGCAGCCAGCGGCACGUUGUGGCCCGCGCGCUGUUUCCGCUGUAUCUCAUGCGCGAUGACCAGUCGAUCAUCGGCAUAUACAGCUUCGCGGACUUCACCCACCAGACACUGCUCAACUUCUCGUGCUGUGGGACGGAGCUCGACAGGCGCCUCGCCGACCCUGGGAACAGCAGGGCUUUGAAGGACCUGGACGCCUUCUACCAGGAGAUCUCCGGCAUUCUGUUCGAGUGGUACCAGAACAUGUCGCAGAAUGUGUGUCGGUACCGCCAGGGCUACAACAGACAGCUUCUACUGUGGGACUCGCUGCAAGCUAAGUUGGAACCUUUUGAAACCAGGCUUGUAGACGAGGGCAUUGCAGAUCUAGUAUCGGAGCUGGACAACGCCCCGUUGAUGCCCGUCAAUUCCUGGGUUUACUUUAUGAAAUUGUCUGCGAUGCUUGAAUUCCUUUUGAAGGGGUUCGACCUGGAGGUCUACAAACCAUGGGAGUUCUUUACUAUCUACUGGUACGCCUACUACCUCAGCCACCACCUGGAGUCCUGUCUGAAGCGCGUGCACAGCUUUGCACAGCAGAGGAUUGCGAGCAUAGUCGCAAUGGGCAAGAAGGUGAAGAAAAGUAAAGCCGGGCCCAAGAAGGAGAGUCUCCGCGCUGCGUACCAAUACCAGUCACAAAACGUACUACCGCAGCUGCGGCUCAACGUGAACUUCCUGGACUACUUGCUGGCCGACUGCGUGGUCACUAAGUCCCUGGCCCUGUCACAGACGUUCCAGUUUGGUAUUCUGAAGUCCUACGGGGCAGUCAGUAACUCCAGCCCCGGGGCCUCUAUAUUCUCUUCGGACAGUUAUCUCCACCAACUGCGGUUCAAGACCUUCUCGUCGAUUGGCGUUCCGGAUCUGCCUAGCUACGAAACCUUUAAAAGCUCAUUGGAAGCGUUCACCAUCUCAGAGCCGGGACUUUCCAUGAAAUUGAAGACCUCUUUGCAAUUAAUGAAUAAUGAACUUGACACUUCGAGGAAAGCCCUCCAGUCAAUCCUAAAAGAGGUCGAGGAGGCGUCUGCGGGUCCGGUUCAUGGUUUAUUUGCUGGCACAAGGCUUGUGACAGACUCCGCGAAGCAAUGGUACACAUCCUUGGACAAAACAGUUGACGCUAUAGCACUCAACGGUAGAACAAUUGAAGCCACACUGGGUGCUGUGGAAUCGGCCCAAGAAACGGAGCAGAAGGUGGAGCUCAUAUAUCCAUCGGAUUCCUGUAGAUACUUUCCCAUUCUACAGCUACAUAACUCCUCUGAUAAAUAG